CCCCGGGAUAUAAUGGAGGAAUCCCACACAUGACACUUGCUUUUGGGACGGACUUCAUCUGCUUUGAGUCCUGAAACUCGUCCAAGGAUCUGGCGCGCAGAGGGAGCAGAGCUCGUACAGAAAUGCCUGUGUUUUCUCCAGUUCUGACUCGUCGAGAGUUCCUUCUUCUUCUCCUGAUAACUCUUGUUUUAUUGCCCCGUUUGCAGUGUGCUGGAUCGCGCAAGCAGCCACCUGGUAUUGACAUAUUAGUUUCCGGACAGUCCAACACUGUAACCCAGAAAGUUCUCACAACAGAUGGCAAAGACUGCAAGUUUCCUUUUCGCUUUGGCGGGUUGAUUUAUCACCAGUGUAUCUCUAUGAACUCUCACAAGGCCUGGUGCUCUCUCACACAUAACUUUGACCGCGACCAGAAGUGGGGAUUCUGCAGUUCACAAGCACGACUCCUUAAUGCAUGUUCGAGGAAUCGCUGUGAAAAUGAUGGAGUUUGUAGGAUGAUUGAAGCCACUGGUGAAGAGGUGUGUGGAUGUACAUCUGGAUAUACUGGACAAUACUGUGACAUCAAGCCAGGAGAGCAGUGUUACGGUGACUCAGGCGCUCUGUACCGCGGUGUGGUGAACAUCACGGUCUCAGGCUCGUCUUGUCUGCCGUGGAACUCAGAUCUGCUGUUCACGGAGCUGACGGUGGAAACGGUGCACAGCGCCGCCCGCAGGGGCCUCGGGGAACACGCCUUCUGCAGGAAUCCUGAUCAAGAUAAGCUGCCGUGGUGUUACACGAUGACGGAGCGAGCCGUUUCGUGGGAGUACUGCGACAUCAAGCCCUGCUCCAAACCAGAUCCUGAGCUUCUCAUGACUCACAACAGCACGGGCCGCAGAGGUUCCAUCGUCGCCGUGGCCCCGGGGCCCUCCCGCAGACCCGUCAGGACCCCGGCGUGUGGGAAGCGGCAGGAGAAACGGAUCAGUCGGGGUCGAAUCCUGGGCGGGACGUCUGCAUUGCCCGGCGCUCACCCCUGGAUGGCAGCGCUGUACAUCGCAGACGAGUUUUGUGCAGGAACGCUGGUCUCCUCCUGCUGGAUCGUGUCGGCCGCUCACUGCUUCCUGCGCAAUCCACUAAAGUCACAGAUCCGGGUCGUCCUCGGCCAGCACUCCUUUAACGACACCGGUCCCAACACCAGGACCUUUGCUGUUCAGGAUUAUAUUUUAAACCCGCGUUACACACAGUUUGAACCGACCUUAAACGAUAUCGCUUUAGUGAAACUGAAGAAGGUUGACGGACGCUGCGCUCUGAAAACGCCCUUCAUCAGGCCCAUCUGUCUGCCGGGGAAACACAUGACGUUCCCCGAUCACUCCUGCUGUAAGAUCUCAGGCUGGGGUCACAUGCACGAGAGUGAGUUCACCGUCACUAACUCUGCACCAGUGCUGCUUUACUAUCACUGA